UCCAGGUGCGCGGGAACAGGGCUGAGGAUGGUUAGGCGUCGCACGCGGGGCUCCGCUCAGAGAACUACCUCUCUCCCCUAGAUCUACGCCCUUUCCUGAAACUGGGGAAAGUCACGUGAUUGAUGGUGCCAUGUGACAACAUAACCUCCACCGCCUGUCGAGCUCUACGGAGUCUUCCAGUAACCCGGAUGUGGUUGCGCUUCAUUGAGGGCCUCGAAGAGCAACGUGUCCUAUUGGCGCUGGCAUUCACAUCCGGGUCUUUCCCUGCCUGUUGCUGCCCUCCCCCUGCAAGAUGGCGGAGCUGAACCGGCAGUUACAGGAGUACCUGGCUCAGUCUAAGAAUGGCAGCGGCCCCAGCCCAGCAGCCCCGAGCGCCUCGCGGCCGACGCCAGAUGCAGCCGACGCCGGAGGGAGGACGUGGCUUGGCCGGCUGAGCCCCUUCUCAGGCCGCUCCUCCUCUUCCUCGUCCCCGGCGGCCGGCUCGUGGCCCUGGGCGGCCGAGCCGGACCCCUGGCUGCCGGGGCUGUCGCGCUGGCAGCGGCUGGUGGGGAGCGCGCUGUGCCUGUUACUGGCCGCGCUCUGCUUCGGCCUAGCCGCGCUCUACGCGCCGCUGCUGCUGCUCCGCGCCCGCAAGUUCGCGCUGCUCUGGUCGCUGGGCUCGGCCUUUGCGCUGGGCGCCGCCGGCUUCCUGCGGGGGCCGAGCCGCCUCCUGCGGGAGCCCAGCCGCGGCACCGUGCUCUACCUCGGCGCCCUGGCCGGCACCCUGUACGCCGCGCUCGGCCUGCGCAGCACCCUGCUCACCGCGCUCGGAGCCGCCGCCCAGCUCGCCGCCAUCGCCGGCUGCCUGCUCGCCCUGCUGCCCGGGGCCGCCGGCCUGCGCUACCUCGUCGGCCUCCUGGGCGGCUUCGUGCGCCGCCGCGUCUCCAAAACCCUGCCCGUGUGAGGGCGCGGGACGGCGUGCGCCGAGCAGACCUGGAUGGGGGCUGAGAACAGCGGUCCCCACCCCAUCCCCAGGACGGAUCUUUGCUGCUGUCCCAUGAGGCCGAUCCCCCAUCCCUGCCGGGCGGACGCGGAGGACACGGCUCUCUGGCUGAGCAACCGCCUUUCUGAAUACAGGGCCACAGGCCAUCAGCAUCACGGCCCUCCAGUGCGGCUCGCACGGCUGCCUCCGCGGGGUAUGCGGCUCGGAGGCCGCAGCGGGGCGUGGGUUUCCUGCUGCUCGGGGGUAGGGGGUGACUGAGCGACAAAGCCAGUGCGGGUUCCCCCCCUUCCCACGGUCCUAUUGAAGGCAAGUUCUUCCUACACAACCGGUGCGCUGUGAUGAGGCACUUGGGAGCUGCGCUCUGUUCGUGCGCCUCCUGAGGACGGGGACCUGUACAAAGACACUUGGCUGUAAGUCGGCAGAAGUUACUUGGGAAAGUUCAGGAAAAACUAAUCAAACUUGACAGUUAAUGUGGACAACAGGAGCAAAACCGACCAAAGGAGGGAAGAGUUUUGCUUCUCCAAGGACCAGUGUUGAUGGAGCUGUGGAACAUUUUCUUCUCCCUACCUUUGAACAGUGCAACUAAAAUCCUAAAGCUGCAUCUAUGACUAUACAUUGUCGUUCUUUUACCGUAUUCACGUGUAACAUUUUUGUGUGCCAUCAUUCCCAGUCCUAUCUCAGUAUAUGCUUUGCCUGAUCAGUGCAAAAUGAGCUUUGUAGUAAUAUCCUGGAGUCUGUGUCCUGUUCUGGGUGGUAGAUGACAGGAUUACCAGAUUCCUAUAUCAAGUGUAGGAUCACAUGGCUGAUACUUACUUUGAAGUGGCCUGUAAGAAUACAGAGCCAAGCAUAUUGUUGAUACUAAACUCUACCCAUCAUAGUAUAAUGCUUUGUUGUACUCCUGAGCCUUGCAGGAUUCACUCCAGCUUGGGAUGUGCUGAUACCAGGUGCCUCAUAGGAAAAUCUGUUUAUAGAUAUCCAUGAAACUUCAAAAAAAAGUUGGGUGUAUAUAUAGAGCUCCUGUUUUUGGAUGUUUAUUUUUAACAAUUUUGAGUUCUAGGUAGAUGUCCAAAAAUUUGAGGUGGGGGUUGGACCAAAAGUUGGUCCUUCUUUGUAUAUACUGUAAUGAGUAAUCUCUUUAUUUUUCUUAGUGUGCUUUAAUGUAAUACUAUUUCAGAUAGUGCUACUUAAAGUGCACUAAGGAACCUUUUAUACACCCUAGCAGGGUCUGUGUGGACCUAUUAAUACACAACAUAUGUACUUCAGAAAUCACACACCCGUAGUCUGCAUUACUGCUGUGUUGAUCAGCCCUUAGACGCAAGUUAACCAUAUCCAGUAUUGAUUGGAUAAAUACUGUUUCUCUUUUUGGAGCAGGGGUUUUAUUGGUUAAAACCUAAAAUCAGCUCUAGAUACAUAUUACGAGAGAUGUUGUUUCAUGACAUCUUUAUAUCAGAUUACAAUUGUAAAGAGUCUAAAUGUAGUGAUCAGCUGUAAUUGCAGCCAUCUUUGAUUGGCUUAUAGGGUAGUCUAGUGAAUGUUGACAUACCCAUUCCAUUUAACUGUCUUUUAAAAAAAAAAAAAUCCCUGACCUUCACUGUAUUGAAAACAACAUGAGCAUUGGCCUGCUAAACCCAGGAUUGUGAGUUCAAUCCUUGAGGGGGCUAUUUAGGGAUCUGGGGCAAAAAUCUGUCUUUGAGCAGAGGGUUGGACUAGAUGACCUCCUGAGGUUCCUUCCAACCCUGAUAUUCUAUGAACAUUCUUUAACAAGUAGCAUUCAUAGAGGUGAUGGAUCACAAAGUCAUAUCCUUGGACAAGCAGGGGCAUACCUCUUUUACGUAGGGAAUCACAAAAAAAGUGAAAGCAUAUCAUAGAGACCAUUUAGUUCUUUGCAGUAAGACUGCCAGAAUGGUGCUACAGAAGCUUUUGCCUCCAGAGCUGCAGAGUCAGUUCCUGAAGUCCUCGUCCAUUGGUUCUAGGAGUCGGGCAGGCACUACUUAUUUAGCAGUGAUGCUUGUAGCCUGACCUUGAGAAAUAGAUGGGCUAGUAGAGGCUGGGCAUAUUGCAAAAAAACAUACUUGAGUAUUCUUAUCAGAUGCUACUUAAGAAGAGAGUAUCUUAAUCUACUCAUUUAAUAUUUGCACAGAACUACAGUAAACAAAUGCUUAACUUUAUAAAUUGUACAUCUAUUUUAAUAAAAUAUUUUUAUACUAAAGUGUUAAUCUAGACAGUAGCAGGUCUAGUUUGUUUUUUUAAAACAGCAGCACUGAAUCUGUCUUCCUGUUUACUUUUAUAGUUUAAUUUGGAUUUAUAUCGGUGUAAUAUCAGAUUAGUGUGAGAUUGCUUCUAAACUAAACCUAGGUUAAAGUUCUUGGAUGAGAUUAACUUUUUUAAAAUGUAGGUUAAAAUAUUUACGGUAAAAGCCUAGUAAAUCCUUCAUCUCUCUGGUAAAAGGUCUCAUAUGGAAAAUGACAAAAUCCUCCCACUACCGGAGGCUGGCCACAAGAACCUCCAACCACUAAUCUACUCCACAGGCUACGGUUGUAUCUGCAGUUUUGUAACAGGGACAGUAGAUCUGCACAGAUCCAUUGGGUCACAGCAGUGCAUGGCUCUAUAAAGAGCUGAGGAUGUCCUGGUUCUGCCUCAUAGGCAUUUUCUUCCCUUCCUCCCCCUGAAAGCAGCAGCGCUAGUGUGGCUCUUCUGCAUUAUGGACUUAAAGAUAUUACCCUAAAGUUAACAAGAGCUUUUGUGUACCAAUUGUGAUCAUAUCCACAUGGCUUGUCUUAAGGGAGCUCAAAGCUUUAAUUUAGAAUGGUGUGGUUUGGGGAAGGUAGUUUUUCCUAAAGUCCAGUAUUAAGAAUUAAACAGGGUUUUAGGUUAAAGGAGACCUGCAGAGGAAAAACAGGGUUUUUGUAAAUUUUUUUUUUUUUUUUAAACCUUUCAUUUCUAGUGUUUUCCUGUUGUUGGGCUCAGAUGUAUGGAGUGAGUUUUUCAGCCCUUAAAUAAUGGUAGAGUGGUUGCUGAGUUCUCUUUUCUUCCAGCUGUUUGAAUUACAAUAUUUAUCUUCCCCUUUAUUACAUCCUAAUACAACUAGGAUCUGCCUUGAGCUGCAGAAAUUAAUUUACACAGAUAAGCUAUAACCUUCAUCAGAAGUCCCCAUAUAGAAAUUUAACCUUUUCUUUAAGCAAGAAGCCACGAGCCUGUGCCAAGUCUGGCUCAGAAGAGUCUGCUAAACUGUUCUGUGCGUAUCAUUUCCUUAGGGCUACUUCUCUCUUCAGCCAUAGUAUAAUAAACUUUGUAAGCUGACCACCUCAAACAUUCUGGAGCAUUUCUUGUGUCACUGUAUCUGCAAUAAAACAAUUAGGCAGUGUUCCUAUUCACUACCCUGUGACUCAGUCACAACUGUUCUGUACAAUAGAAGCAUAUAUCUGAAUGACAGCUGCUGAGUAAGCAGGAAUGUGAAGAUCAUAGCAAUUCUCCUUUAUCCAUGCUUUGAUCUGUUUAAAUAGAGUUCCUACAAAUAUCUCAAAUCCAUAACCUAAUUAGACUGUAGACAGGGGAAGAUAGAUGGCUUGGCAAAAUAAGUGGGUGAAGGAGUGGCUGCCACAGCCGACACUCACAGAGUGAGGAUUAAUUUACUCUUUCCUUAUGAUUUCUUAAACAAGCUCCCUCAGCCCUACACUUGCUUUUCCUUAAUGUACUAUUUACCCUAGGGGGUUGUGGAAAAAAAAAUUACUAGUGCAAAUAUGAAAAGGAUGAUAGUGGUAUUUUAAUCAGCCACCUCCCACAUUUGAUCUUGGUUCCUAAUGCUAUAGGGUGGGAAAUCUGAUUUUCAGGAAGAGGCUAGCUCUAGGUAAUACUAAUUUCUUAAAUGAGGUUUAGGGUACUUAGGUAGCUAUCUUAGAAAUACUUUAGACAGACAUGCUGGUGGAUGAAGCCAGAUAAUCUCAUAUGUUAUGGUGAUAACUGAAACACCAUAAUUGGUAAACAACUUUAUUAUGAAAUGCAAAUAAUUGUAAUGUUGCAAUGGCACUAAACAAAAUCCUGUGGAGAAUACUUAAAAAUCUUUAAAAUCAGGGUGGCUUAAUGGUUCAGAAUGCACCAGCUUGUAAUUUAGUGGCCAUUCCUCAUUUCUCUGCAGUGUGGGGUGUACUACAGUACUGUAAAAAAUUAUAUACAUCCCUGUUAAUCAAGAUGCCGAAUGUCUAUCACUUAUGGUGUAAAACUAACACCAUGGAGAACAAAGGACAGAUCCCUUUGCAAGGCUUGAAUCAAUGAGGAUUAGCAGGAGCAGAUGAACACUGAAUGUGCAAACUGGAUUAGGAUGCUUGCUCAUAUGAUCUAUAGUUCAAAAGAAGCUUUUCACAGCAUUCCCCAUAUGUCCUUUUACGAAAGGUAGGGGAGGGAGCAUUGGUGUGGUUUUGGUUUUUGUUGUGUAUGUAUGUACUGGACUCAACUUCUUCACAACAGAUAACAUUUUUAAUAGCACAAGAAUGUUGCUAAAGGUGUAAAAAUAAAAAUUCUCAAAACAUGAAACCCCAACUGAUUGUAUUAAGGCAUUAGGAACUGUACUGUAGAAACUUCUAGAGCUAGUCCUAUGGUGCCAUGUACGUGACAUAUGGAAAUUCUAUGGAAGAUGGGGUGUUUUGUAGUUUCAUGGAGAGUGUAAAAAUAAAGAAUCACAUACUGCA